AUGGCCCCAGUUCGCCGGAGUCGUCACGAGACGACUUCAGCUGGUUCAAUUUCUCAAGCAAAGGGCGAGACUAAAUCAAUCACGUACGGAACUCGUUCAAAGCGAAAAGUUUCUGACAUGAGUUCCACAACCUCUUCGCCUGUUGGAAAGCAGACUUCUACAAAUUCGUCACAAAGCGCUGAUACCGAGGAGGCUGAAUUCACCGCGCCGCCUGCCAAGAAGAUUCGAAAAUUGUCAGAGUCGCCGCCCAAAACACCAGAAGAAGACGAUACUGAAGAUGAUGAUAUUGAAGAAGAAGCAAAUGAAGAUGAAAAUGAGAAUCAAAAUGAAAAUGAAAAUGAAAAUCACGACGAUGACGACGAGGCCGAUGGAACAACUGGUAAUGAUUCUUCGGAUGAAAAUAAUCAUCGUAACGGGGUUGGUAGGAAACUCGGACCAUUGCCUGACAUGUCAGUGUGGGAGGAAGGAAUGAAGUUUAUGUUAAAUAGGCCUUUCGAGUACAAGGUCGAGGGACCAGAGGAAGACAUUAGUCAAUCUCUUGCCGUUUCAGCUGCAAGAGGCUCGUCCACUCGAGGACGAGGACGCGGGCGUGGGCGAGGUAGAGGUGGAAGAGGAGGUCGAGGAGGCUCUGGUAUUGGAUCAAGAGGAACUCCUGCUCCAGAUGCAUCUCCGUCAGCUCCAAAAGCUGUAAGAGGUCGUGGUGGCCAUCGCGUCAAGAAAUCUGAUAACGCCCGGAUCCAGGCAUUGUACCACCGUCGAGCAGCACUUAAGCAUCAGUAUAAGCAAGUCGCUUCGAUACAGAAAGUUGCCCUGUUGGCUGUUGCAGAGAAAUCUUUGGAUCUUAUUAAAGGCGAUCCACAAUAUCACAAGAGUCUUGCGGAAUACACUGAGACGACACAAGCAUUGGACGAAGCUUAUCAAAAACGGAUUGAUAAGCUUGCUUCUGAAUUCGAGGAGCGCAGGGCUUUUUUAAAGCGACAACUAAAGCAAAGGGAAGAGUAUACUCACUUGAAGCAUUCAGCUGAUAUCGCUGAGAUUGAAGAACUCACCGAGGUCAAGAUCAAACAACAAGUAAUUCAUGUUUAUCGUCAGUGGUCUUCAAACAGUACAUUGGAGAAUACGCCGUUAUUCAAAAACCCCGACUUUAAGGUAGUGAGAAUUAUCUCUCCGCCAGCAACAACAGUUCACUCAAUUGCAACGCCAUACAACCAUAUGCUUGCGGAUUGGCAGGAUCCCGACAAGCUUGAACAGCACCCUGCAGAUUUUUGGUCUAGUAUGACGCCCGAUCAGAAAGCUACAUGGCAACGACGAAUGCAAAAGGCUAGCGGUGACAAAGGAAGACGCAUCAAAAAUAGUAAAGGGAGCGCGCUAUAUCAACCCCAAGCUGCUGUUAGCGACACCCCAGACCUCCCAGCCCUUCUUGGAGCAGGUCUUUUAUCAAGUACCGCCACGCCUCUUGAGGUCUCAGGAGAAGACACGGAGACCGACACAACGGAAUCGCCAGGUGAAGAGCAGCCGACAGAUCAACAUGGUGUUAAGGUUCCCAAAAAACCCACUCCACGUAACGGAGAAGCCCCACAGAAUAGAAUCGUGGCAGACUCGCCUGUCGUUUUCGACCAAGACGAGAUUGGUAUCCGAAAACACCAUGUUAGGAAAAACAAUCGCAAUGAGCAGCAGUAUCUUGGAAUGGAUCCCGAUCCUAAUCCGAAAAAGGUGCAUUACGAUCAAGUUGCGAGAAGUCACAACUCUGCACGUAACAAAAAGGAAGACCUCGAUCAAGAGCUGGUCCGUGUGUUCAAAGUUCAUCCAACAUACGGUCUUCCUUUACCAUCAUCUGAAAACCCUACGUACGAUGAGUGCGAAAACCCUCCUUUCCAGCCUUCCAGUGACUGGACCAAGCCUCUUGAGCCAACCAACCCAUUGAUCUUCAUCGAGGAUAAUCCAAGGACCCGGAAGCUUCUCGACGAAGACAAGAAGGUGUUUUUAACGUCGAGAAGUGAGUGGAUAAUGCGGAUACUUAGUGAGUGGGAAGAGCUGCAACCCAAGUUCAAAAUGACCUCGGCCCUUGAACAGAUGGACGUCUUAGAGCGGCCACCACGGCCACCCACCCCGGAACCUGAGGAAGUAAAAGAAGAAGUUCCUCAAGAGAUCAGGCCCGAUCUUCUAGAGGCUGUUAACGAAGCGGAAAGACACAGACUGGAAGCUAUCAUUAAAGCAGCAACUACCCCAGCGCCAAUCCUCACACCUUCGAGCCAGACUAGGUACGAUCCGGUUCGCGACAUCAGCUAUACUCCUACCUACCAAACUCCAUAUCAACCAAUGGCACCCAUUGUAAGGCCACCGCCGCCACCGCCUGUUUCGAACUUUCUCUACCAACCUGGGGGACUUGCUGUCUUAACAACUGCUAUUGAUUAUCGAGAGAGUAUGCCUCCACCACUAACACCUCGAUCGCAUGGAAUGGGUCGAAACCCUUGGGCAGGGCAACCUCCUCUUCCUCCACAUCCUCAAGCUAUGCCGCUUCAGCAUCCUCAGGCUAUGCCUCCUCAACAUCCUCAACACCCUCCACCUCCUCCACCUCCUCCACCAUCACAUCGAUCGGCUACAGGACCAGGAACCUACGUGCUUUAUCCCGCACCUCCUCCUCAGCAAUCACCGUAUACUUCACCACGAGUAAUGCCAGGUCCUCCAGGUCCAGGCCCUCUUAUGCAUGGUCAUCCUAUUGUCCCUCCUCCCAUGGGACCAUUUCCACCUGCUCCAAAUACUGGACCGGGAGCGGGAGCAUUCCGGGAGCUCAGACCAGCUCCUCCCCAAAACCGAAGUGUUCUACCCUCCGCGCCAGGUCAACAGCAACAACGAAGCUGGUAUCCAAACCCUCCUUAUUCAUGA